UGCUUUCUCUGGGCACUCCUUAUUAUAACAAUGCAUUGUUAGAUUAUGAAUUGUUAUCCAUAUUGCCAUUUUUCCCGGUUUGUUGGUUAAAGGAUUGAACUCAGGAGGCCAACGUUGAAUGGCUAAUGUGAUGCUGCAAGAUGUCCCAGGGCCCUUCAUUUUAUGAGCUUGGGAACCUCGCGACAUACUAAUUGUUUUCAAGAUUACCAAUGGGAAAGAAUGAGUUUCUUACACCAAAGGCUAUUGCUAAUCGAAUCAAAGCAAAAGGGUUGCAAAAGCUUCGAUGGUACUGUCAGAUGUGUCAGAAACAAUGCCGAGAUGAGAAUGGGUUCAAGUGUCAUUGCAUGAGUGAAAGUCACCAGCGCCAAAUGCAAAUCUUUGGACAAAAUCCAAAUAGGAUCAUUGAGGGCUACUCUGAAGAGUUUGAGAAGUCUUUUCUAGAACACAUGAGGCGGAGCCACCGGUUCAGCCGGAUAGCAGCUACAGUAGUUUACAAUGAAUACAUUAGUGAUAGACAUCAUGUUCAUAUGAAUUCCACUAAAUGGCUUACGCUAACUGAAUUUGUCAAGUAUUUGGGUCGGACUGGCAAGUGUAAGGUUGAAGAAACACCCAAAGGUUGGUUUAUAACAUACAUUGAUAGAGAUUCUGAGACACUUUUCAAAGAGAGGAUGAAGAACAAGAGGUUAAAGUCUGACAUGGCUGAAGAAGAGAAGCAAGAGAAGGAGAUACAGAGACAAAUAGAAAAAGCAGAGCAGUUGAUGAAGCAGCCAUCUACCAUUGGAUCCGAUCAACCUUCACAGGCUGAGCUUCCAAGAGAAUUAAAAGUGGAAAAUGGGGCUAAGGUUGGGUUUUCUCUUGGUUCAUCAGCAAAACUUUCAACCGAGGAAAAACCAGAGGGACCAAAUAUAGUGUUCGACGAAGUUGAGGAUGCCAAGAAGGAAGCAAGGAACCCCGUUGGCUCUUUGAAGAGUAAAGAGAGUGGUGGUGGGAAAUCGACAUUGGAUGAACUGAUGCGAGAAGAAGAGAAGAAGAAGGAGAAGAUUAAUAGAAAGGAUUACUGGUUGUAUCAGGGAAUUGUUGUUAAGGUCAUGAGCAAAGCUUUGGCUGAUAAAGGGUAUUACAAGCAAAAAGGUGUUGUAUUAAAAGUGAUCGACAAGUAUGUUGGGGAAAUAGAGAUGGUUGAAAGCAAACAUGUGCUCAGAGUUGAUCAGGCUGAGCUUGAAACUGUGAUUCCUCAAAUUGGUUGUCUUGUCAAGAUAGUAAAUGGAGCUUAUAGAGGAUCCAUAGCAAGAUUAUUAGGGGUUGAUACCGAUCACUUUUGUGCCAAGGUGCAGAUAGAGAAAGGUCCUUACGAUGGGAGAGUCCUCAAGGCAGUGGAGUACGAAGAUAUUUGCAAAUUGGCCCAGUGAGUUUAACAGCAAAGGAUAAGUA